GCUCACGUAACUUUCUUUGCUUACUUGGGUAGUUCAGUAUCGUGAUAUUUCCAAAAUGGCGUCGGAGGUAUCGAAGAAAAGCAGCGGCAAAUUGUCCAAAUCUGUUACUCAAGAACAAGUAAUAAGCGGUUUUAAUCAGCUUCGACAAGAACAGAGAUCACUAGCUACAAAAAUAGCAGAGUUAGAAGUGGAACAGAAUGAGCACAGGCUGGUUGUAGAAACUCUUAAAGAAGUGGAUGGGUCCCGACGAUGUUUUCGCAUGGUUGGUGGCAUCCUUGUUGAAAGAACCGUUGAUGAUGUAUUACCAGCGUUAGAUAAGAAUAGACAACAGAUUAAAAAAUUAGUAGAAUCUCUGAAUGAACAAAUAGAACUGAAAGGCAAGCAAAUAAACGAGUAUCGAGAAAAAUACAAUAUACGAGUGCAAGGCGAACAGGGAACGGAAGAUGGACAGCUGGACAAGAAAGAAAAACCAGGAACCCAGGGAGUACUUGUGGCUAAAGAUUCAUAGUAGCUAGGGAGUCUUAUUUACCAUUAUGGAUGCAUUUAUGCAAAUUAUUCUUUUAUUGGACAGGACACUGGCAAAUAAUUACUGUUUUUGUCAUUUGAGUUUUGUAUGUAUUUUGUAAACUAAAGCUUUUAUUUCAUUUUGUACAGUGUGGGAGAGCUGCAGCAACAAUAAUUUCCAAUCCGUGCCAGAAUGAUUCAACAGAUUGUACGUCCUUAAUUAUAUGUAAACAAAAAACCAUGGUUACAAGUACAAUGCUAAGCAACAUCUUGCAAGUCAGCAGAAUUUACUCACUAAAUCAGAUAAAAAAUCCUUGGCGUAAAUUGAGAGCAAAUUCCAAAUUAUCUUUUGGAAUAGAUAUCUUUUCAUGUUCACACGUCUUCAUAACAAUGUUUACUCUUUUUUUCUCCGAUAUAGUGGUAUAUGUAAUUCCUGAUAAUAAUUUAAAGAACUUACUGACUUUUAAAUAUAAAUAUUAAAUAGCAGCUGACCCAAAUUUCUGCCGACUUACAAAGUUUGCUCACGAUUCAUCUAACCCCCAACAAUACCGAUGUCAAUUUGCUAGUCAAACCUGUGUAUAUUGAUUUAUUGAUGGAGCUGCUUAAACAGAGGUUGAUUAAUUCACAAAUAUAACAGGGCAAUUUGUCAACAGACAAGUGUAAAUGAGGAAUAAAUAAAAGUACACAUGUUUGUCUUGAUGUCCGUGGAGACUAAUGUAAAACACUAAACAAUCAAUGAUCUACUAAAGUUUUCACUUUCCUGUCAGGUUCAGUUGGUCAAAUCAUUGCUAAAAAUGGGCCAAUGGUCACAUUGGACAGGUGGUCUUUAUACACAGGUUACUUUACAUGUAAAUUGCAUUGGGAUUAUCCAAAGAUGGGCAGGUGGUCUUUAUACACAGGUCAUUUUACAUGUGAACUGUAUUGGGAUUGUCCAAAGAUGGUCACUAUGGGCAGGUGGUCUUUGUGUAUGUACUUGUUGCAUGUAGUUUAUUAGAGAAAUUUUUUAUGGUGAUGUAUCUUGUUUUGGAUGUCAUUUUUUUUCUUUACAAUAUUUAAAGGGGGGAGGGGUUGAUGUAUGAAGUCUAGCAAAAUAAUUUUGGGAAAUAUGAAAAUUGUGUUAUUGAAUUCUGUGGGCAUUCUAA